AUGAGGCCCAAUUCGAAGCGCUACAUCCGCUUUACUGCUCCCUGGGUGCUAUCUAUCUUUGAGGCCGUCAGUGUGCUUCUCAUGUGCUUCCUGCUGGCGCCCGGCCCCCCAGGCCCGGCGCGGCCGGUGUUCAACUUCCGUUACAACUUGGAGGACAUCGCAGCUGCCAGCACAGUGCGCGCAGCCAUCAUCAGCGGGACUUACGCAUACGGCACGCGCCGCCAGUUCCUCAGGCCCUACCUGUACACCGCCUAUGCAGCCGGCGGCACCGGCCUGGCGUAUGCGCUCGCCAAGGCCCUGUGCUUCGUGUACGGCCCCAUCUGGCCAGCCCAGGCCGCAAUCAUCGGCGUGUUCGGCAUGUUCAGCUGGAUCCACGUUCUAGCGGCGCGCAACGCGGUUGCAUGGGCGCGCAAGCGUACGGCGCUUGGGCUCGCGUCAUUCCCCUGGGAACCGGCGCUGCAGGACCGCCUGCUGCCUGGCAGGGCCAGCAUAAGCACGCCCGGCGCGGCCGGCGCCAGCGACGACGGCAGCGCAGGCGCCAGCCGCGGGGACGUGCCGCCCGAGCUACUGGCCGACCCCGACUCAAACUUCACGCCUGUUGGGGAGCUCUGGGUGCACUGGAAGGAGGCGCUGCCGCCGCCCUCGGAUAGCCCCACCAAGCGGCCGCAGGGGUGGCCUCAUGGCAUGCAGGACGCCCAGCAGCAGCAGCAGCAGCAGCAGCAGCAACAAUUGGUCCUGGCGCGACCACUGCCCGGUGCCAAUGACGACGAGCGGGACGCGACCGCCGUGAUACUCAUCCACAGCGGCGGCGGCGGCGCCUUUUCGUGGCGCCACGUCAUGGCGCAGCUGGCAGAGCACUGCGGCGUGCGCGUUGUGGCCUUUGACAGGCCGGGCUUUGGCCUGACGUCGCGCCCGCCGCCACCGCCAGCCGGCAGCGGGCGGCCCGACCCGUACGCGCCCGCGGCGCAGGCAUUACUCGUGCUGCAGUUGUGCGGCGCGCUCGGCGUGCGGCGGGCAGUGCUGGUGGCUCAUGGGGAUGGCUGCCUGAUUGCGGUAAUGGCGGCGGCGCUGGCCAACAGGCAAGUGACGUCGAAGGGUCUAGUGCUCGUGCUCCACGGCUUGGGGGCCCUGCCUGGUGCGGGCGGCAGCCUCAGCCGGCGUAUAUCCAUAUCACUGCCCAGUGGCCUGGCAGGAGCCGAGUCCACCGACCUCGGGUGGCCCCCGAGCAUUGGAUCCUCCAACGCGGAGCCCCUCGGCUCCUCGCACGGCGGCAGAGGUGCGUGUGCGGCCGAGGCGCGGCAGCAGCGGCAGCAACAGCAGCAGCAGCAGCGGCAGCACCCACAGCAGCAGCAGCAGCGGCAGCAGCAGCAGGGCUUGCUUGCAUCGCCUGAAUGUGGCGGCGGCGUCGCAGGCGGCAGCGCAGUGGACAGUUUGAUGGGCCGAAUUGGCAGCGGGAGCGAGGUGGCGAGUAUGGCCGCCUCCAUCAGCUUCCAGUCGCUGCUGGCGCCCACGGAGGGGUUGGGCUCCCUGGAUCAGCAGCAAACAGAUCGUGUGGCCAGCUUGGAGGAGCCGAACGGUCGCGUCAGCUACCACACAUCACCAUCAUCCUCUCAGAAGCAACAGCAGCCACAGCAGCAGCAGCAACAACAGCAGCAAAAGCAGGGCGGGGCGCCGUCGCGGCUGUCACAGCGGGCAGCCGCUGACGGGGAGCGGGGAUCUGAGCAGCAGCGGCAAGCGACGGCAGGCUGGCGUGGAGAGCCGGAAUGCACAUUGGCGGCGGCAGUGGCGCCUGAGCUGCAGGCGAUGACACCGAGCGGCGGUGCCGCCGGUCUCGAGCCGCAGCUAUGGCCCCGGGCGGGGCAGCAGCAGCAGCAACAGCAGCAGUGCCCGCAGCAGCACCCGUAUCAGCACGAGCGGCCGCCCAGCUCGCCUGCAUUGUCUCCAGCGCACUCGCCGGAGAUUCAUUCGGAGCCUCAGCAUGGCGAGCAGCAGCAGCGGGUCGGCCGCAGUUUCAUCCUGCUGGGCGGCCGGGCUGAAUCCCUUGAGGCCCAAUUUGAUGCUGACGUCAUCGGGAUUGCCCUGCUGCACCCGAAGCUGUCUGGUCAGACGGUCAGCGGGUUCACGCGGCUGCUGGCGCGCGCCAAGCUGGGGCGCGCGAUGCUGCGGCCGCUGCUGCGGUCGGAGAUAGGCGAGGUCGCCAACCGCCGCGCGUGGCACCGCGGCGACCGUUGCACGCGCCAGGUCCUGGAGCUCUACCGCCGCCCCCUGCGGGCAGAGGGCUGGGACACAGCCCUGCUCGCCGCCAGCACCGCCGCCGACGGGCUCUCGCGCCGCGCGGUGGCCGCGGACGUAGCCGCGGCGCGCGGCGUGCCCGCGCUCGUCGCGACGGGCGCGCACGAUCGCAUUGCGACGCCGGUCAACACAGGGCGGCUCGCCGCCACGAUCAGCGGGCGUGUGGGGAUUGUGCCAGGCUGCGGGCACCUGUCGCACGAAGAGGACCCGGCUGCGCUGCUGGCGGUGCUCGCACCGUUUGUGGGCGAGGUGGUGUGCAGCCGGGCCAGCGGCGGCAGUGGGGCAGAGAGGGCUGCAGCUGACAGCGGAAGUGUUGCAGCAACCACAGGGCAGCUGGCAUGA